GCAUGUCAUAACGUGAUACGAUUUAAAUAAAUGUGGCUCAUCUACAGUUACACAUGUUUCUCCAUUCGACCCUGAAAUGUCGCCGGUCGGAUAACGAACGCCCCGACACGGCAGUAACUAUAUUUAAUUCAUUCAUCCAUACAUACGUACAUUUCAUUAUAACAUUUUCAUCGUUUCUCCUCACCCACAAGGGUCCAUCAAGGAAAGACAAGGAGUGCGCCGGGUCGGACAGCGGUAUACUAUGACACGAAAAACGGCCUAAUUGAAGGCGGCAUCAUCCUCUUUGGUUGGGUGGUGAAAGUUUUUAUUCGCCGCUACGUAAGCAUCCGCGUAGUCGUGACCAAGCUCUCCUUUCGACAACUUGUCAUAAUCAGUAUAUGAGGCGUCAGGGACGGGGUUUCCGUGUUUGUCAACAGUGGUCUCCAGCAUCUCCUCUGUAUUCCAUUUCGAGAAGUCCGGCUUAUUAGAGCCGGUCGCGGAGCUCAUUGCUUUUUGAGCGGCCUCCUGGCCCUGGCGUAACGUAUCCUGAGCUUUCGAAAACAUGGCGAUGGCGUAUCAGUUGAGAAUUGUUGUUGAUAGUUUAGAUCAGUUUAGCAAUCCAUAAACAAAAUCCGGUAUGAAACAGAAGAACCUCUUCGACUGCGGGGGGUCUAUUAAUACUUUAAUCGGUGGCGUUCAUGAUCUGGUGAUGACGACGACUUUCAUCAUCACUUCCUUGGACAUGCUUUGUUUGUACAAGGUCAUUGACUAUAAUGCGAGCCACUUAUGGCUCGAGAGUCCGCAAAAGGAAGUAUGCUCGCUGGGUGGUAUCCAGUCAGAACGACCGAUGGUCCUGUCUGGAACCGUCCAUGCGUGUGGGAAGGUUCUCCGCAUCGACAGAGGUGGCUCAAGCCAUGAUCAGGAUAAUGAUCAUAUAUGGUAUCGCGUAACCGGGAUGGAAGCUUGUUACUGUCCAUGGGGCAGUUGCCCGGGUGUAGUAGGGAAGACCCAGUAUGAGUAUAGUAGGGAAUAUGCGUCAAUUGCAUUCAUCGAGGUGCUUGAAACCAUGAGGGGACACAGAAGCGGGAAAUUAUACCACCUAUUAAUAGUAGAGGGUAAGAAAUCUACCUGGGUAAAAACAUUGUCGGUUUGAUUUUGACCAAAC